CCUAGCAUUUCAAUCAAUCAAAGUCUGUCCGAAAUGCACCACGUUAAGUACAAGUGCGGUCUUCUACCGACGAUAGUCGCUUGCGUCAUCUUUUUGGGAUCGAGUCAACCGGGAUGGGCCCAAAGACCGAAGGCCGUCCAAACUGCUAGCGCGGAUACGACUUUUACUAAGCCAGAUGUGAAAGCUGGAGCGAAUGUGACCCGAUGGUACAAAAUGGGACUUCCCGGCCUACCCAUAGAGCAUCAACGGUACUACCAGUUUGAUGUAAUGCUGCCGGAUCAGCGCCAGGCAAAUUCGCUACCGACGGCAACUUAUCAGAGCCGUCUUUGGCCCGGUGCGAUCGUUCCGUACGUCUUCGGGGAUGAGUUUACUGAACUGGAAUUAUUUCUCUUUAGUCACGCUAUCUGGCAAUUCAACACGCAAACGUGCGUUCGGUAUGUCCCCCGUACCAACCAGCCGUACUACGUUACACUGGAGCGGAAGGGAACCGGUUGCUGGUCGUACACAGGUCGUUACACCAAUAAUAAGUGGAAUAAAAUCAACCUACAGCCGCACUGUUUCUCCCAGGGUCCGGGGAUGGUCGUCCACGAGAUGAUGCAUGCCGUCGGUUUCAAUCAUGAAUUCAUCCGUCCAGAUCGUGACGAAUACAUCUGGGUUAACAAGAGUGCUACCUUCAGUUGGACCACGGUACAGAGUAAUUUCGGCGUUAAGAGUAGUGCCGAAUCGGAAGUGUACGGAACCGAGUUUGACUACGGAAGUGUGAUGAUGUACUCACGGUUUGCAGCGGCUGCCGGACCGGACUAUCCGACGAUGGUUAACUUGAAACCUUGGGACGAUGAUUUUGGCAACCGCACCGGAUUCAGCUACAAGGAUCUUAUCAGACUGAACUACAUGUACUGCAACGGAACCAAAUGGGACAUAGCCGUACGAAAGCCUUUCGAACUGCCUAUACCAUUGGAUGCUGGAGCAACGGAAGUACCGGUCCGGCCGACACCACCAGCAGUCAUCCCAGACGAAGAAGCUACCCUUGGCGAACUGGUAUAUUGACUACUUUGAAUGUUAAGUUUCUCAGUUCGAGCUAGAAUUGUUCAUCCAGUGGUUGUAAUUGUGCACCAAUAAAAUUAAAGUAGCGCCACAAAUCCCGUUUCGCACAU